GUCAAAGCUAUAGCCUAACUAUUGGCGAUUUAUCGUUUACAUUAGAAGCCCACUAGUUGCAUAUUUGCAGGCAGUAAUUUUGUUGUACCGAAAAUCACGUGUACAAAAGGUGUGCUUUCGACUUUAGGUGAUACAAUUUCCGAUUGCGUCGAAUAUGGUCAUUCAGCGUGUUUGGCGUUCAUCACCAUCAACGUCGGGCGGUACUAAUUUUCCGAAUAACAGUAGCAGUAAUAGCAGCAGCACCCACGUAGCAACAAGUACCUCUGAAUUGGUGGUGCCAAAUACGGCGGUAGGCUCAUCCGAUUCGGAAUGUAACAACUCAGGAGGUCUGCAACAAAGCGGAAACAGUGGCACUGGAUGCGGAAAAGUACAGCGACCAAAGCUUAGUGGAGAAUCAAUGUUGGAAGUGUUGAAAAUGCGAUACUCUGGCCGCUCCUAUGCCAGUCAAUCAUCAAAUGAUGCAGCUCUAAAAUCAAUGGAAUUAUUACGUGCCAACAUUCAGUAUCUGUUCGACAGAGAGGUUGAUGUAAUUAUUAAAAAGUUUAGUUCGCUGUUUUUUCUUCCUGCCAUCAAGAACAUCAAGGAAAAUUUAGGAGAAAAUGCCAUCUCUGAAGAGACACUCAAAACUAUGUAUUGCUCAUUGCUGGAAGCCAGUAAAGCUCAAUAUGUCGGACAAAUAUUAUCUCCAGCGGAGAAUUCUUUAUCAAGAGCCAACACUCCUGGAAUGGAACUUAGUGAUUCCGAUUCCAGUACAGAUAACACCGUUCCAUCCGGAACCACUAGUCUUCUUCAGCAAGCUCUCAAAAGAAAACUACCCGAGCCAAAUCAACCGGAUGUAUUCAAGCGCCAGUACUUCCUGCAGGGAUCAGUCUACUCACAAAAUCAGCAUUCAAUUCUUCAAUCUCUUGGAAAUGUGCAAGGUUCUCUUCCAUACCAAAUUAGACCGUCGGUUCUAAAUCCGACCGUUUACUCGACUACCAUCAGUCCGGAAACAUUGUUUAUUCUGGAUUUCAAAGCAGGUCGAGCUUUGGGAGUCGCCGAUUUCCGAGACCGUUUGGCUAACAAACACCCGGAAAUUUUGCGCUACUGCCCGGACAAUCAGGAUCGCGAAUGGCUACUGCAGCAGAAGCAAAUUUCUCCCCUGAAUCGCAAUGGUCGUUUCUUUCUGCUCGUCCUAGAUGAAGUGAAAAAGCUUGCCGAACGAAACGUUGAAUACUCCAACAAUCCAUACAUGAAACUAUCGGAUCUGCAGGGAUUCAAACUCACGGAAUCCGUCUUCGCCAAAGUGCAGAAACUGAUCAAAGACAGCGCAGAAUCGACGAUAAAACCAGUGGCCCAGAUAUCAACCGUACUGGCCCCUAUCCCGGUUAGUAUUCCGCCGAGGCCCAGGGUUUCGUCACUAAGUUCCUCACAUGCCACACUGACGGCAUUGUUGGCAUCUCCACAGUCCAGUACCAUGCCGGAAAUUGGAACCGCAUCGAGUUCUUCCGGAGUAACCGUUGUCGGACAGGACGCCACUCCCACUGGCGUCAGUGGAGAAACAAAGACUUAAAUCAAUCAACCGGAAAGUUCACUACUGUUUUUAAGCUUUUUAGUAGACCGACCGCAGCUAGUGCGGUGGUAACCGAAAGAACCGGGUUCGAUGUGUACAUAUCAAGGUUUUAAAUAUGAUCGGUGAAAUGCUACUCGCAGAGGAAAAAAAAGUGAUAUUAAGUCGUUAUUGACAAAGCAGCUUGACAAAGGCGAUUUUAAUUGUGAAUGUGUAUUAGUAGCUUUGUGCAUCUUUGAAUGUAUGCUGUUUGUAUUGUGCUUUAUGUGUUUUAAAUCAAUACAUUUUGAUCGAUGGA